GUACCGUGAUGUAGAUCGCCUGGAGAGAUAGUAGUGGUUGGGACCACUGGGUCGGGCGGAGUCAUCUCGAAACCACGCAAUCGCGUAUGCACCUGUGCAGCACAACAAUGCGGUCUGCUUCCCGGGCCUUCAGAGCAACUCCCUAGCGCGCAGGCGUCGCCCGAAAGGGACCAGUAGAGUGUCCAGUCGUCGGUCGAAAUUUGAGCUGGCGUUGGCAGCGUUGAGCGCGGCCGAUACGAUCGUGUCAAGUAUCACGUGCAUCGAGGGCCCGCGUAGCGCGCCGAGCAAUACAGACGAUGCGCGGCGCCAGUUGAAGUCAUCAGCAUACCCUCACAUACCCCUCUAUUCUCUCCCAAGUAAAUGUCCAUGUUCGACAGAAUCAAGCAGGGCGCACAGAAGGCCAGCAGGCAGGCCACCCUUCUCGCGCAGCAGGGCGGCAGCAAGAUCGCGAGCGAGUCCGCGCAGUUCGUGCAUGGCUUCAGUCUCCCCGGAGAGGCAGACAAGGCGGCCAAAACACUAGCCAGCUUCCUUGCUAACCCAGAACACCCCGAGUCCGCACUCAACUCCAUUCCCAAGGCCGUAUUGCAGCGCGCGCGAGGCCUCGCCGUAUUCUCUGUCAUCAAGGCCGGGUUUGUCUUCUCCGGAAAGGCCGGCUCAGGCAUCGUCAUCGCACGCCUCCCCGACGGCUCCUGGUCCGCGCCCUCCUGCAUCGCCACCGGCGGCGUCGGCUGGGGCCUCCAGAUCGGCGCCGACCUCACCGAGUUCGUCAUCGUGCUCAACGGUGAGGACGCCGUCCGAGCGUUCUCGAUUGGCGGCAACGUCACGAUCGGAGGCAACGUGAGUGCCACCGCGGGCCCCAUUGGCACAGGCGCGGCCGUCCAGGCGACGCUCGCGCACCCCGCCCCCAUGUUCUCGUACUCAAAGUCCAAGGGACUGUUCGCUGGCCUGUCGCUGGAGGGCACCGUACUUAUCGAGCGCAAGGACGCGAACCGCGAAUUCUACGGGUCGCCAGUCUCCGCAUCUGACAUCCUGAGUGGCCGUGUGCCCCCGCCCGAAGUCGCGUCCAAGCUGUAUGAGGUCAUCGAAGCGGCGGAGGGUAUUGAUGAGAGCGGCCUCCCCGAUAACGCCUACGUGCCCACCGCAACUGGUGACCACAUGAACGUCCAGGGUGGAGGGACCGUGUUUGAUGCGGAAGGGCACUAAGGUUUACGUGUUGAUCGACGGGAAGGUUGUGUACUAUAUUGCCGCUCACGCUACGUUGGUUAUCCCUAUCCACGAUGUUCAAAUUCACUUUGCUGUACUGUAGGUGCCACCUCGAUGCUUAAUGUUACGCUUUCUCGUUUCAUCUCCCUCCACAUCACCGUAGCCAAAGGAUCCAUUACGCGAAUACGCGAAUACCAGAAUGUAUAUCUAUGACAUGUAACGAAGCCAUCUAGAUGAAGUGUCCAUCCUUUCCAGCCUCACGCCCAGCCCUACGCAUCUAGCCAUUACACAGGCCCAGUACCUAGAAGAACUGGUCCCAGAA